AAUUUUAAGAUAUCGAAAUGGACGAAAUGAGCAGACGCCGUGUUGCGGAAGCAACGGAAUGUAUUAGAAAGGCUGAAACACACCUGAAAACAUCGAUUUUAAAAAUGAAAUUCAAACCUGAUUACGAUAGUGCAGCAAUGGAGUACGACCGGGCGGCCGUUUGCUUCAGAAAUGCUUCACAAAUGAAACAGUCACGUGAUGCCUAUCUGAAAGCUGCUGAAAUGCAUAAAGAAAAUGGCAAUUUAUUUCAUUGGGCCAAAUGCAAUGAAAGUGCAGCGACGAUUUGCAAGGAAAUGGGUGAUAGCUGUGGUACACUGAAGUACAUGGAUUUAGCUGCGAACGGAUAUGCUGAAUCAGGAAGUAAUGAUUCAUCGGCAAUGGCUCUUGAUAAAGCUGGAAAAUGUUUGGAAGAUAUUGACCCUGAAAAGGCUAUUGAGGUUUAUCACAAAGCACUAACAAUGGUGCAAGAAACAGAUCGUUCGCGCAUAGCUGAUGGGUUUAUGGCUCGACUUACUAAACUAUAUUUGAAACUAAAACGGUACAGGGAAGCAGCUGAUAUGAUUAAUGAAGAGAUCGAGAAAUAUACGGAAGUUAAAGAAGCUGGUCGAGUGGGACAGCUAACAAUAGCUCUUGUUCUUGUCCAGCUAGCAUGUGAUGAUGCAGUAUCAGCAACAAAAAGUAUACAAAAGUCAUUCAAAUGUGAAGAUUUCGAAAUUUCGGAAGAUGCGAAGGUUUGUUGUGCUUUGAUCUCAGCGUUUGAAUCGGGUGAUAACAGUCGCUUUCAACAGGUCCUUCAACGGCCAGUUUUAAGGAGUAUGGAUAAUGAGUAUCUGCGGUUAAUGAAAGAAUUAAAAGCCAGUUCUGAAGUAAGUGGCGUGAAUGAAGAUAACAGUGCCUACGAAGGAGGGGACGAUUGUGAAGAUUUGAAAUAGUUAUAUGCAUAGAUUAUCAAUUAAAAAUGCUG